UUUGAACUUUGCUUCAUAUGCUUUCUGCAUGUCUUUUAUUAUUCACGUGUAUUGUUUAUACAGCCUAAUGGACGGUCUUUCCUUGAUGCAUCUGAGGAUGAAAUAACACAGACUACUCGUAGAGAAAAUAUAAAGCAGCCUUUGGAUGCAGAAAAGAAGAAUGAGAAGUCAAAGAAAAAAAAGAAGUCAAAGGGAGAUGCUAAAACGGUUCAGGAUAUGUCACGUCUAGAUGGAAAGGAAGUUGAUGAAGGAACCUGGGAAACUAAAAUCAGUAACAGAGAAAAGCGACAGCAACGUAAGAGAGACAAGGUAUUGACUGACACUGGCUCAGGAGAAUUGAAUCUCCAAGGAGUGGAAAAUGCAGUUACUGUAUCCAUUGAACAACUGAUGCCUACACCAUCGCUUCCAGUCGGUCUCAGAAAAAAUAAAGGUGACGCACUUCUGAAUGUUCAAGUUAGCAGCUCUAAAACUGCAAAGGGAGAGUCAGCAAUUCCACAAGUUUCUCCAGGGUUGAGUGAAAGCCAUACUGUAAAUGGAGGAAGCUGGAAUGAGAAGCCUGUAAAAAUCUCCUCACAGAUAGGUGUAGGGGAGGAGAAAUGGACAUCUGUGUCCUCAGCUACAGCUGGGAAGAGGAAGACUGAGACAUCGGCCUGGGGCCAGGAUACUGGAGAUGCUAAUGGAAAUGGAAAAGACUGGGGCGUAACCCUGGUGGGCAGGCCCUGGAAAGAGCGUUCUUUGUUCACUCCUAUUGCUGCUUGGAAUGUGGAUGCAAGGAUUAAUACCUCUGAACAGAAUUCUGCUUCCUUCUCUUCAUUUGGAUUAACUCCUGGAGUUUCUGGAUCCAACAGUGAGUCAGCUUCUCAGACUGGUACUUCUGAUUUUCAGUGGGAUUUAAGUCAUGCCCAGCCCCCUGUUGAUGAUGAAUGGUCUGGGUUAAACGGACUGUCUUCAGCUGAUCCCAGCUCUGACUGGAACGCACCAGCAGAAGAGUGGGGGAAUUGGGUAGAUGAAGAAAAAGCUACAUCUGUUCCACAGCCUGAAGAGACAUCAUCAGAUGUUCAGAAGGCUUCAGAUAAUGAAAGAGACAAAGCAGACCCACUUCAGAGUUCGGCAAGUGGGAAAUCCAAGAAAAAGAAGAAGAAAAAGAAGAAGCAGGGUGAAGAGGCUAACUCUCCUGCACAGGACACUGAAGAACUGGAUAGGGAAGCUGGAGAAGAAUUUCUGGAGGAUACCUCAAAAGCUCAACCGCAACAGGAAAUAGCUUUUUCUUUGAAGACCAUAAGUACUAGUGAACCAGCUAAGCCUGAGGAGGCUCCUUCGCUUGCUGUUUCUACUGAGCCAUCUGUAAUUGUAUCAGAAAGUGAUUCUGGCAAGAUCACUUCCCAAGUGCCACAGAUGCUGCAAGAGACAGAUGUUUCUAUUCCCAAUAUUAAGCAAAACAGUGUGCCUCCUCCACAGACAAAGUCUGAAGAAAGCUGGGAAUCCCCCAAACAAGUUAAAAAGAAGAAAAAAGCAAGAAGGGAAACGUGAAUUUCCUGAAAUGGACUUGUGUUGCUGAAUACUGUCAUGAAGAUCAUGCUGUUUAUGCAAUAAUUUGUGAACAUGUACAGAAUUUUAUAUAAAUUUCAACCAAUUUUUAAAAACAGAACUGCUGUGAACACAAACAUCUUUAAAAAGGAAUCAAAGGAAAGUAACUUUAUGAUAUAGAAAACGGAACAUGCUACAUUUGAAAGACAUUCUGAAGAGUCUGUUUUUCCAACUUAUGGAGAGAGAUGUUAAUUAAAACCUGGUUUUACAACACAGUGCCCUGUUUACAACAGAUUAUACUCUCAUCUACAGCUGCGGAUAAAUGAUUAAUUUUAAGGAAGGGUUUUCUGUAAAAUAAUUGUCUGUACAAUAGUGAGUGUUUCUUGCCUCUCUUCUGAGUGAUGCAUUAGAAGCACAGAAUGUCUACCAUUCAAAUUUGUUUCAUGCCUAAAUCAAAGUGCUUUGAUUAAAUACGUAAUCUGCCAUAUCUUUACGGUAAGUUGGUUAGCAAGUCUGCUAGCUAUUAAAGGAAUCACAAGUGCAAAUCAUUAAUCAUUUGUACAGUCGAACCUUUAUGGUUUAUUAUAUGAAGUUAACACAAUAAAACUGCUUUGGGUUAAAAGUUUGAGAAUGUGAUUUGAAACUUGAGUAUGGUUCAUGAAGUUAUUUUUGAUAAUGUCUAUUACCUUACUUGAAUUGUUGAAAAUAACAGUAUAUUUUUAAGAAUGCAGUAAUGUGCAUAAAAUUAGUUUUUCCCGCUUCAUUCCUUACAGGUCUUGGUUGAUUCAGACUGCUAUCUAAAAGUGUAUCCCUUUAACUUUUAAACACAUGGAAUGAAUUUAAAUCAAAUGUUCCCUUCCCUUAACAUGUAUUAAUUUACUACACGCAAUUCUAUUCUGUUCUCUAUUACUGAAACUCCGAAGAAAGCAAGGUGAACUGUUUUCACUCACAAAUUAUAUGGGAAUUCAAAAACUUGUUGGAGAAUUGGAGUGGCUUCAGACAGCUUUAAUUGACAUUGUCUAGACCAGUUAUCAGGAACACGUUUUUUACUGCCUUAACCUGUAGUAUGUAGAGGGCGUCUAGACUUCUGGACAGAAGUUAGUGUUUUUAUAAAAAAAAAAAAAGAAAAGAAAAAGAAAAAGGGAAAAAAAAAAAAAGAAGCAAACAUUCAUGCAAGUAUAGCAGUUGUAAAAUAAAGAACAUUUCCCGCUUAAAACUGUUGAUUGAAAUGGUGUUUUAAGAUGUGUUGUCAUUUUCAGGCGCUCUGUAUUUACAUGGUAUCAAACUGGCAGGUGCGUUUCUAUCUAUAUGGUGCAUGCUCAGCCAUGUACACUGUAAAUAGCCUUUACAAAAAAUUGUUUGAUAAGGAUGGUAGUUAACAUCACCUGUUGAAUUCUGUUAAAGAAGAGCCAUGAUUUUUUUUUAAUGGUUGGCUUUUGGUUUUGUGGCACAAACGGGAUUGUUAACAACUGUAACACAUGGUACUGUAGAUCAAAAAUCUUUUACUGUCUUACUGUACUUGACUGCAGUUCAACAGUAUUGCAAGGCGAGAAUAUUUAAUGAAACAAGCUGGGUUUAAUUGUACUGAAAAUGCACCUUGCUAAUGGAGAGCUUUCAUAAUGGAUACUAACUUGCACAGGUAUUAACCCCUGUAUAUCAGCAAUAUGCUUACAUGUUCAGAAGUUUUGUUUAAUUCAGUGAUACUCUAAAUCGACUUGUUAAAAUAAACUGAGCAUAUUGACAGUA